GCAGAUAACUUCCAGCUGGGUGCUACUGCGCACAUCGUGCUGGCUGGCUCUGCACUGCUAUACCCCGUGCGCUGGCGCUGGUCCUGCUUCCAGCCUGCUCUGCACCAGAUCCAUGCAGCUGCUCAGGGUCCUCUGCCUCCUCUGGAUGCUCAAGGUCUCCCUGGGGGCCACAGGGCAGUGCUACAAUGGGGCCACUUGGAACGGAGAAGAAUGUGCCUGUACCGAAGGCUACUUUGGUUACCAGUGUCAGUCCCUCUUGGAAUACUUAUUCAUAGAAGUCCCAGAAAAAAUCAAUGCCACUGUAGAACUGAGAGUGAAAGUAACUAACAGAAAUUUCACAGAAGACCUAAAUAACAUAUCCUCCCAUACAUACCUGAAUUUUGUUCAACUAUUCAAGAGUCAGAUGGAUAAAGCUUACAGGAGCGAAGACUUUCCACAAUACAGAGGCGUGAUCAUUAGGAAACUACUCAAAGGCAGCGUCGUGGUGGAACAUGAAGUCGUCAUGGAGGCAAACUUCACUUCAGAGUUUCAGGAGCUGUUUGCAAACCUCACUAAGAUCAUAAAGGCCAAGGUUAUGAAUGAGACCGGAAAGCUACCCAGUAAUUCUGAAGCGUGCAAAAACAUCUCAUUCCUGUGCUACAAUGAGAAGGACACCUUCGUGAAUGAGACCGUGAAGCUCGGCUUUGACCUGCAAGGGCAAUGCACUCAGAAAGUUGCGAAGGAAUUCGCCCAAUUCUACUACGUGGAUGAUCUGAAUGGGAAGCUGGCCUGUGUGACCAAGUGCACCCUGGGGACGAAGUCGCAAAUGAACUGUCACCACGGCAGGUGCCAGCUUCAGCAAAGUGGCCCCCGUUGCCUGUGCCUGAACUCGGACACGCACUGGCACUGGGGAGAAAGCUGUGAAUUCAGCACCAGCAAGAGCAUGGCGUAUGGGAUCAUAGGGGCCGUGGUGGUGCUACUGGUGGUCUCGGUGGUGGUCCUGGCCAUCUUACUCAGCCAAUCCCAGAGAAAACUGCACAGGCAAGAGAACAACCUGUCUCGAGACUGGCAAGAAGAAGAUGUCCUUGUCAGCUUCCAGAGCGCUGGCGUCUGGGAAGGUCAGAAUCUGCAGGGGGACACGUUUGGCCUUGAAAAUGUCUACAGACACUUCCAGCCUUCCCUGCAGAACGUGGACCCCAGCACAGAGCUCCACAUUCAGAGGCCCACGGUGGUGACAGCUGCUCAGUGAGGGGGACAGGGGCUCUCACCCCUCACCCAGAUCUGGACGACGAGAUAGCGGCUGACAGAGCCCUCCACAGGUCCCGGGGCCGCCAAGAGGAAUCAGACGUCAGGGCCCAAGGACAGUCCUCUCAGGGCUGCUGGGUUUGCCCCAUCCCCACUGUUGUGACCACCCUCUGCUCCCUUGCCCUCCAUCCAGGAGCCCCAAGGCAUCUUGUUUGCUCUAUGGUGACACCCACUCUGGAAUUUCCUACCAUAAAAGAGCAAGUCUUA